CUUCAAAAUUGGUCCAAGAAUCAAAACUUACUGGUUCUUGGACCAAUGUGAUGUCCAAUAUUGCCAAGAUUCAAAAAAGACGAGAAGAAAAGUAAAGACGGCGAAUUCGGAUUUUCUCAGUUUAUAUGAUCAAAGCACCUGAUUCCAUGUUCAGCUUACCUGGUAAGCAUAGCAUAUCGAGCAAAUGGGUUUGGAAUUAUCAAAACAGGGGCCAGCGAAGGCUGAUAAUCAGAGUUUACUCCAUGUCCAACUUCAAUUUAUCAAUUAUCUUUCCAGAAGUUUCUUUGUACGCAACUUGGUAUCCAAGAAAAGAAGGCGAAUGCUAGUUGAUGGUUAUGAUCUUGAUAUGUCAUAUAUCACAGAUCGUGUACUGGCAAUGUCAUUUCCUGCAGAACAUAUGCGAGCCAUGUAUCGUAAUCCUCUCUGGCAGGUCAAGUCUGUUCUAGACAUGAGACAUGAGGGCCACUAUAAGGUCUACAACUUAUGUACAGAACAAGCUUACAAUCCAUCACAUUUUCAUGGCCGUGUGGAGAGAUUUCCAUUUGAUGACAACCAUGUUCCACCUCUCCAAAUGAUGAAGGAUUUUUGUGAAGAUGUGGAUGCAUGGAUUUCAAGUGACCCGAAAAACGUAGCAGUUAUACAUUGCAUGGCGGGCAAAGGUCGGACAGGAUUAAUGGUUUCUUCCUACCUAGUUUACAAUGGUUUGUCAGCAGAGGAGGCUCUUCAGGUGUAUGCUCAAGAACGGACCACCAAUAAUGAAGGGGUCUCAAUACCAAGCCAACGUCGUUAUGUGGGCUACUGGGAGAGAGUACUUUCAUUUCCUAAGGGAGUUCAUCAUGGUCCUCCUGAUGUGAAUUUGCCUGAACCAUGUAGCAGAGAAUUACGGCGAGUUCGACUUUAUGACACAGUUAACAUUGACUCUGUAUUUUGUGUGGUAUCUGAGUUGCAAAAUAUACCUGGUCAGCGGUAUUGUCCACAUGCUGAAGUUUCCAAGAGUUGGUGCAGACAAAUUGAAAAGGGCUAUCAAAGAGCAAAUAGCCCUCGAUAUUAUUACUCCUUCAUUGAGAGAGACGAAGGGAAGAAACCAGCACGGGAGGAACCUCAUUUGGUAGUCCAAAUGGACACAGAGAGUUCUAUACUCUACCAAAAAACAUGUCUCGAUCAUUAUUAUGAAAAACCAGUGCAGGUCACUGGAGAUGUGCGUGUCAUAUUCUAUGAAAAGCUAAUUGGUGGACGUCUCUUCUAUGCUUGUUUCAACACAGCUUUCAUUAGGAACAGCUUGCUACAGUUUUCUGUUCGUGAUUUGGACAAAGUUGGAAAAAAGGGCAGGUCAAUAUGUGGCCCUGCAUUCUCUUUGGAGUUGUUGUUUGGUCCUGCUAAUGCUAACUGCUUGCACUCUGCUCCACCUGAUGCUAACGAUAUUAGUGACUGUUAAACCCUUAAGACUUGUUUGAAGAGUUUCAUUUUGGGUCGUGUUUUGCAUGUCUACUCCGUAUAGAUCUUUUCAAAAGGAGGUCAAUCUCUUACUCUUUCUAACAGGUGCUCAAUCUUGUAAAUCGAGAUGCCUCACCCGUCUAGUUUUUCAUGGACGGAAGGCAUGAGGAAUGAAGAAAAGUUUUGUACUUAGAAAUAGUCGCAAAGGGAUAAUAUUGAAGCUGUGCUAGUUUCCAUCACUCUUUUUACAUUAUUUUGUAACUUGCCACUUUGCUGCUAAGUUGCAUUAUAUCAAUUUUUCUCUGG